GGCCGGUGGGGUAGAUGGUGCGGGUGGGAUCCAUUUCCAUUGGCGCACCAAGCCAACCCGAGUCUCUUAAGUGAGUGUCACAAAGCAAGUAACUUCUGCAGGAAGUCGAACAUCACCAUCGUUCAUUCAACCUAAGUCUCCUUUCCUGCUCCUACUCCGUUGUUAUUAUACAUGCAUUUAGAUUUAGACAUCCACCGACGCUCUUGCAAGUUGCUACCUAAUUCAUGGCCUUUCCUCCUAAUGUCUGCCAGUGGCCGAUUGGUUUUGGAUUCCGUCCCACGGAGGAGGAGCUCAUUACUCACUACCUAAAGAACAAGAUGCUUGGCCACGAUUCUCUUGUUCCAUGGAUCCGUGAGAUUGAUCUCUACAAUUACGAUCCCUGGGAACUCCCUAAGGAAUCGGUUUUCGAGUCUGAUAAUUAUGAGUGGUUUUUCUUCCGGUCCCAACCCACCAAUGGUCGUGGCCCCAAAACUAAGAGGACCACACGGACUGGCUACUGGAAAUCCACGGGUGAGGACCGCAAAAUCAAGGCUCGAGGAACCAACAAAGUGAUCGCAAAUAGAAAAAUUUUGGUGUUCCAUCGAGGCCGGAGUCCUAAGGGAGUAAAGACCAACUGGAUCAUACACGAGUAUCACCUUCACCCAGACACUAACAUCGCAUACCAGCGGCAAUUCGUCAUAUGUCGCUUGAAGGAAAAUGCAGAAGAGAAAGAUGUUUCCACUUGUGAUCAGAACAGCAGUGUUGCUUCUCACUUGAAAGAUGAAGUCACAGCAAUCCGGGAGAUGUACACAAACAACCCAACAAAUGAAAAAUCAGUCCUAGGACCACCUGCUUUGACAGAUAUUCAACCAGCCAACGCCUAUAAUGGUGAAGUAAAUAGGCAAUCAGUACGGGCUACAGCUUCUGAAAGUGAAGUUGGUCUCACAGAGUGGUUGAACUCACUUCCGGAUGAAUGCUUUGAUGAUGCGACCUCAAAGAUGUGCAGAUCCCCAGGGCAUUGCGAACCAGACCCAACUUUAAUGGAUUUUCAACCUGCCAAUGGCAAUGAUGGUGAAGUAAAUAACCAAUUAUUGCAGCCUGGAGCUUCUGAGAGCCAAGUUAAUCUCACUGAGAUCUUCGACAAAGUCUUGUUGGAGGAUGAAAAAUGUGACGAGGUGACAUCAAAGAUCUGCAUUGAUACCUACAACGAUGAGGAAUUGGAUAACAUGGUUCUUGAACUUCAAUGCGGUGGAUUUAGCAGUGACAUUGUUAAUGACGCAGCAUACGGGUGGCAGAAUAAUCACAGUUCUCCAAGCUGGUUUCAUGAAUGUACGAGUUCAACAAUCAAACAGUUUCGUAGAAGCCCUCUCACUGUAAAGCGUUUUCGGUACAAGGAGGAAAAAGAUAUCUACUGUCUCGAUGAGUUGCAAGGGAAUUCCCGUGUCCUUUCUGGUGAAGGUGAAGCUCGAAUGUGUGGCAUUUCCUGGGACAAUUACCACUCUGAUCAUGGAUCAAGAAUAUGUCAACCAAAAUCCAGUAACACUGUAUCCUGUGGAGUCCGAUUGAAGAGGGAAAUUAAGAGUGAAGGAAUAUCCCAAGACAAGGCAAAAGAAGUUGAAAAACACAUAGAAGUUGUCACUUCACCCCAGCUAUCGAUGACAGAUUCUAAUAACGGGCUGAAAAGUGAAGCAGGCCAUAAAGCAACCAAGUGUGGGGUGUCAUGUUGUGUAUAUACUAAGCAAGCAAGAAAUGUUUUCUCAUAUAUCCUCACUACAAAAUGCAUUCAACACAACUCAAGUCUCCCACUGGUGUAUUUUGCUAAAGCAUUUCUAGGCGUCGUAAUGUUCGUAAUGUUUGCUCAAGAAAUUCUGCUAUUUGGACAAUGGUGAUAAAGAUUGGCACCCAUUUCUUGAUGGCAGUUAUUUUAUAACGAGGUAAAAUACUAUUUGGUCCAUGAAAUGAGUGUCUUAGACCUUAAA